CUCCCAUUGAUCAUUGAGCGCUCAGAUAUGCACUUAGUGCUGAAAUAUGUCAUACAGUUUUUAGCAGAGAGCUCCAUAUCAUGUGAUUCAGGUGUUCCAAUCUCUUCCAUAUCAUCUGAUUCAGGUGUUCCAAUCACCUCUCAAUCAUGUGAUCCAGGUGUUCCUAAUCCCCUCCCAAUCAUGUGAUUCAGGUGUUCCAAUCCAUUUUAUGUGAUUACUGUGUCCCAAUCCCCUCCCAUAUCAUGUGAUUCAGGUGUUUCCAAUCCCCUCCAAUCAUGUGAUGUGGAUUCAGGUGUUCCAAUCAUCGUGACCUCCCUAUAUCAUGUGAUUCAGGUGUUCCAAUCC